UCGGGAUUUAGUGCCCCAGGAGAAUCCACCAACAAGCCUCGGGGCGCAUCUACUCUUUAGACCUCGUCCAUGGCGCAGUUGGAGCGCGUCCUAUAUCGACAGGCCGAAGUACGAAUACGGUUCUCCAGCGCCCAUCCAUCUCAAGCAUUCUAACUCUGCCAGCCUCGUUCCAUUCCGUCGUCGUUGCGUGUCCAUUGCGACUCGUCAUAAACCUUCCACACCUCCUCUGAUUUGGCCUUAUCCGCAACGUGAUUUUUACCGGGUUCUUCCAACGCUACCCCCUGAAUGCUGCUAGAACGUAUAUAUCCGCUGCGUCAUAUCAACCGACCUCAAUCAUGGCUGUCCCUGCAGUCCCAUCGAAAGACCGUCGUGACCCGGUCACUUCCCCCGUAGAGGCCUCGCGCGACCCGGAACUUCUGCCCCCGCCCGAAACCUCGAGUUCCGACAGCGAGGAGCAACUUCUCUAUCCUGCCGAUGCUGCCCAGCAGGAUGAAGCCAACGCGUUGGUCGGCGUCAGUAUCGGGCGCGCGCAAAGUCGCAUGAAAGCCCGCCGCACCCCGGCCGAAGAGAAAAACCGGAUCAUGGAACGCAAUGGUGGCUAUUUUGACGCUAUCCCGGACACGGUCGACGCGGAUGGGCUCUUCACCUCACAGAUCACCGCCGAACCAGACACCCUACCAGUCGCGGAUACAAAGCCCGCAGCCCGGGGGCAAAGUUCAAAAUCCACGCCGGACCAAGGAGGAGCGCGCCCGGAGACGCCACCCGCCAAAGAGGCCGGUCGUUCGAGUUUCACACGGUCGAUCUUGAAGAGCAGCUUGCCCAUCCGCCCACGGGCCUGGUCCGGUGAUUUCACCGACAGUCUACGCCUGAGGAGGUUUCUUCCAGACUUCGGUUCGUUGGGCUCCUUGACCAAACGGGCGUCGUUGUCUUCUCGCGGAGACUCGUCCCACAACCGUUCUCGGAGUCAAACUCUGAAACCGACCCCGUCGAGACUCACCGUGGAUCGGGAGGUAACACCGCCGCCUCGACCGCGGCGCAGGUCCCUUACCGAUCAGGACCGAAAUAGUGUUCUCCUCGAUGAGCCGGUCUCCGAAUUGCAACCUCUCAGUGGGGCGACGGCGGCCAAGCAUUCCUACACUCGCCGGCCCAGUGUGUCCGUCACGGGGAGACCGCCCUCGCUCCACCGAUCCUCGUCGGACAGGUCGUUGUAUCUAAGAGCAUCCUCCACAGCUUCAUCGUUGGAUCAACGCCCGGAGUACGAGAAUGUGCACACACAAGUCAACAGUCGGUUCAAGGCCAUCAAGGACAGUCUGCAAGAUUCUAGCAACCGCCUGCUUAGCAUGCCCACGUUGCAUCUGCAGGACUUGCGCAAUGACUGGGGAUACAAGCCGUUUAUGUCCGAUGUCUACAACCGCAAGGGGAACAACUAUGCGCAAAAUCCCGAGACAUCCACAGAUGAUGUUAAGGCCACUCCCACGAUUCCGCCGCCACGCGUACGCGUUUCACGAACGAACUCGAAUCCACUACAUCCGAUUCUCUCAGAGGCUAUGGCGGAGAUGACCGGUGACGUGGUGAUCAUGGGAGGGUAUCGAGGGUCUAUCCUUCGCUCGGCCAAGCCGCCACAGCGGCAGUUGUGGGUUCCCAUGAAAGUCGGGCUGAACCUCCGCAAGGUCGACCUGGAAGUUGGCUUGGAUCCGGAAGACGAAGAACGGAUGGAAGAGACCAUCAUUCCGUCCGGUGUGCUGUCUCACAUCGGACCGGUUGAUAUCUGCCGCCGACUGAUGAAACGCCUGCGGAAGUGUGACAACGCCCUUGACGGGAAGCUCCGAGUACACGAUUAUGGGUACGACUGGCGUCUGAGUCCACAUUUGCUGGCGAAGAAGUUGAUCACUUUCCUCGAAAAUCUCCCGUGCAAUGCGCCCGAUGUGCCGCCUGAGCGCAGGGGCGCAUGGGUCAUUGCCCACAGCCUAGGCGGGUUGAUAGCACGGUAUGCGGUCAACAAGCGACCCGAGUUAUUUGCCGGAGUCCUCUACGCUGGCACGCCGCAGCACUGCGUGAAUAUUCUCGGUCCCCUCCGUAAUGGCGAUGACGUUCUAUUGAGCUCGCGGGUGCUCACCGCACAGGUGAACUUCACUUUCCGGACGAGCUUUGCCCUUUUACCAGAGGAUGGCCACUGCUUCAUCAACCCGCAGACUCAAGAAGAGUACCGGGUCGAUUUCUUCUCUGCAAAAGCCUGGGACGAAUACCACCUUUCUCCUUGUGUCAACCCUGCGCUCCCGCCAAUGCACCGGCCAUCGGGGUUCGUGGACAACAUCGGGAAGCGCUUCUCCACCGUCUUGGGCAGCAAGGACAACGUUUCGACAGACGAAGCCAGCCAAAGCGAGUCAUUUCCCCAGCCAAACGGCAAUCACAACCCUCGAUCAACAAAAACCUGCCCCGACUUCACCAACACCGCCCUCGAGCACCCAACAGCGAUCAACCCCCCUCUCGAGGGCGCAGUCGGCCCCGUUUCCAACAUGCGCGACUCUUCCAAUAGAGCCACACAGACCUCCACCAUCCCCCACGCCAAAGCAAUGAGCUACCUCGAACGCACCCUCACCGAAACCCUGCAAUUCAAACGAGAGCUCGUGUUCACACCGUCCCACCAGGCCAACAACCGGUACCCGCCCACAGCCGUCCUCUACGGCAAAUCCGUCCCCACGCUCUACGGAGCACGCGUCACCUGCCGCGAAAACAUCAAGCACCAAGACGCUUACGAUGACUUGGCUUUUGCCGCGGGCGACGGCGUAUGUCUCGCAUCAGCGGCAAUGCUACCCCCAGGAUAUCGGAUCAUCCGAGAUGGUCUGGUCAAGAGCGACCGCGGCCACGUCGGUCUCUUAGGCGACCUCGAGGGCGUCGGACAAUGCCUAAAGGCUAUUCUCAAAGGACGACGCGAAGGCGUCGGGAUGGGAAAGUCAGCCCCAUAA